AAUGAACACGAACUAUAAACUAGAUGAUUUUCGACGUGCACUGACAUCCAUGUCAUUGAUGUCAAUCAUGAAAAAUUAAAUAGUGCUUCAAAAAUACCAGUAUGACGCAAACAUGCAAAAAUGUCCCCUAGUGCCAUUUUUUUCUAGUACAUCCACGAGUUUCCUUUACAAACUGCUCACGGCUAUCAAACAGUUACAGCAACAGGACAGACAGCGAUGUGGAGUCUGUUUCGAAGAUAUCGUUAGGUUCAUGAAAAGAACAUGUGGAGCAGAACUAGAUAUUGGAAGCCAGGUGUACUAUACGUUAAGAAAGGCCGAACAGGCUCGCUUAGUGUCAAAAACCAAUAAUGUGUACAUUCUAACUCAACCAGCGGCAUGUAUUCACAUGGUCCCAGAGUCCUGCGUUCAAGCGAAGCUGAAGGAAUUACUAAAUAUUUUCAGUUCGAGUCCCGGUAAAUGUACAGAUAGAGGUAAAAGGAAACCUCCAGCGUGCGAAAAGCUUGUUUGUGGAGAUGCAAAAAAGUGCAAAAGACCACCAAAGUGUGGUGGUAGAAGUUCUACAGCAAAGUCUAGAAAAUCUGCCCGGAAAUCGGCUAGGAUAUCUGCCCGGGGUAAAUCUAAGAGAAGGUCAAGGUCAAAAUCAAAGUCAAGAUCAAGGUCGAGAUCAAGGUCGAAGAGUCCCUGUGGUAUAAGGAGAGAUUUCAUAAAGCAAUUGGGAAUCGAUGCAGAUAGUUUGGCAUGUAGUGAGACUUCCGAUGAUGGCUGUUAGAAAUAAAGGAUUAGUCUUUGAUA